GUCAAAAAAAAAAAGAAAAAAGGAAAAAGAAUAUUUUCAGAAUUUGAAAAAUGCUUAGAAAGCAUGUAAAUGGUGCCCACGUAUUAAGUUGUUUAAAUAUUCCAUCCUUCACCAUAUUUGGACACUGACCACAUCGGCUUUUGCCAGACGGAAUAAAGCCACCGGCCGAUUUCCAACUAUGGAGGAGCCCGUUUCCGACCAUUCCGCCAUCAGAAACCCGUGGUUCCGCCGUCUUCCGGCGACCCUCAUCCCCAAAACUUCCGUCCUCGCAGAGAUAUCAGGUGCCGUUGGCGACCUCGGCACUUAUAUCCCCAUCGUUCUCACUCUAACUCUGGUCUCCCAUCUCGACCUCGGAGUAACUCUAAUCUUCACCGCUCUUUACAACAUUGUCACCGGCCUCCUCUUCGGCAUUCCAAUGCCAGUUCAGCCGAUGAAAUCCAUCGCCGCCGUCGCCGUUGCCGAGUCUACUCAUCUCACUCUUCCUCAAAUCGCCGCCGCGGGCCUUUCCACCGCUGCCGUUCUCCUAAUCCUCGGCGCCACCGGCCUAAUGUCCGUCCUCUACCGAUAUCUUCCGCUGCCGGUCGUCCGCGGUAUCCAGCUCUCUCAGGGUCUCUCCUUCGCCUUCACUGCCAUUAAAUACAUUCGGUACGAUCAAGAUUUGGUCACCUCUAAAUCUGGCGGACCUCGGUCCUGGCUUGGAUUUGACGGCCUAUUAAUUGCCCUAAUUUCUUGUUUAUUUCUAAUUUUGACCACUGGAGCCGGCGAUUCUUAUAAUGAAGAACCGUCGUCUUCCGAACCGCUUAACGGUUCUGAAUCUCGUUCUGGCCGUCGCGUCAGAAGGCUACGGAUCUUAUCUAUGAUUCCUGCUGCUCUGAUUGUGUUCUUGUUUGGAUUAUUGAUCUGUUUUCUUCGUGAUCUAUCCGUUUUGAAGUACCUUAAAUUUGGCCCUUCGAAAUUACACAUCAUGAGAAUCACAUGGGAAGAUUGGAAAAUAGGGUUUGUACGAGCUGCAAUUCCCCAAAUUCCUCUUUCAAUUUUGAACUCGGUGAUUGCAGUUUGCAAAUUGUCCGCGGAUUUGUUUCCAGAUCGUGAAGCCUCCGCCAUGACAGUGUCUGUCAGUGUAGGGAUAAUGAACUUCGUUGGUUGCUGGUUUGGCGCAAUGCCGGUGUGCCAUGGCGCCGGUGGCCUCGCCGGGCAGUACCGGUUCGGCGGUAGAAGUGGGGCUUCGGUGGUGUUUUUAGGGAUUGGGAAAUUGGUUUUGGGAUUGGCAUUUGGGAAUUCGUUUGCACAGGUUUUGAGUCAGUUCCCAAUUGGGGUUCUUGGGGUUCUUCUUCUGUUUGCUGGGAUUGAAUUGGCUAUGGCUUCCAAAGACAUGAACAGUAAAGAAGAAUCAUUUGUGAUGUUGGUUUGUGCUGCUGUUUCACUCACAGGAUCUAGUGCUGCUUUGGGUUUUGGAGUUGGGAUUGUUCUGUUUUCGCUUCUGAAACUUAGAGAAUUUGACUGUUCUUCUUCUUCCUCUUGUUUUGGGUUUCAGAAGAUGAAGCCCAAAUCUGAUGCUGAAGAAGAAGAAGCAGAAACCCACUUGCUGGCUUGAAGAGACAAAUGAUUUCGAUGCACUCUGUUAAUGUCCAUAGGAUAAGACUACUCUUCACUGAAGUUUUGAGUGUGUGUGAAUAUAUAUUAGUUAUAGGAUGCAAUAUGUUGUGAGUUGUACAUAUAAUCUUUUCACUUUUUUCAGUGCAUGUGUUUAGGUCAUAUUGGGUUUCCCAAGGGACAAGGAUGAUUUGCUUUUUUAGAAAUUUUGGAUUCAUGUAAUCUAAGGUUUUUUACUUGUCAAUAGAUUCUUGGAGAUCCUUGCAAAAACGAAGGUGUUUGAGUUUUCUCUAAACUUAAAUAAUGUGUUACGAUCUUUCAA